ACUGAGUGGCUGAAGCGGAGCACCACCUUCAUGUCCAUCCUCGCCCACCACAAUUGUCCUCCCCACCCGUGAGACGGCGGAGUCACAAGCCAGUCACCUCCAGGACAGCCAGCAGCGCAGGGAGACCCACAAGCCCUCACCCAGCAUGGGCCCUGUCCUACUGCUCAUCUCCACGCUCCUGUCCAGCUACUUCCAUUCAGGGAGAACGAUUGAUGUGCCGACAACAUUCACAAUAAGAAACAUCACCCUGGCCAUCGAGCCCAACACUGAUGUGAUUCGGGACACCAACGUAACUGUGAGAUGCAAAGCCAUCGUCAGCAGCUCAGGGGAACAACCCUUGAGUCGCUCUUACACCAUUUAUAAGGACAGCUACGAGGUGUACACCAAGACCACCAGCAGCUCCGAGGAUCUGCUCUACCCGCUGCCCCAGGCCAGAGUCUCCAAUACCGGCAAAUACAAGUGCAAGAUCGACAUUGAGGGCAGGCAGAUGGUCAGCAAUUCGAAGAAGCUCACAGUCACAGGCUUGUCAAGACCCAUGUUCCACAUCAACAAGGGUGUGGUCACUGAGGGAGAAGAGGUCACGGCCAGAUGUGCGGCCCCUCAAGAGACGGGCUCCAUUUUCUUCUAUUUCUACGAGGACUCCAAGGAGAUCGUCGAGGAACGAGUCAGCUCCAACCAGGCAGAGGUCAAGCUUCGUUUCAGCAGUGCCGGCAUCCGCAGAAUUCACUGUGACUACACCGUCUUAAUAACACCAGACUCCAUCAAGUCCAGCGAAAGCAACAUCGCCACAGUUUCAGUCAAAGAGCUUUUCAUCACACCGGUUCUUGAAAUUUUCCCUGAAUACAACAUCUACGAAGGGGACCGACUCGAUAUCUCCUGCACCAUCAGGAAUUCUCCGUACUCCUCUCAAGCAGUCAACCUCUUCCUGAGCCAGGGGACCCAGCUGCUCAGCAAUGGAAACUCUAAAGUCAACUACAGCAUGAUUGCACUGGCAAAGGAUUCUGGGGAGUUUGAGUGCAGAUUAGAAAUGGGAAACGUUGUGAAAGUCGCCACAAAAAUGGUUUCAGUGACAGAGCUGUUUUCAGUGCCCACACUCACCAUGUCUCCUGCUGAGGUCUUCCCAGGGGAUGAUAUGAGGCUAACUUGCAGAAGUGAAAACCACGCUUCCGAGAGGCUCCACAGGGACGAAGUGACUUACACUAUUUAUCCGCUGGAAAGCCAUCUGAGCGCCAGCAGGCAGGCUGGAGUAUUCUCUGGCAAAACCCUGCUGUAUGAUUUCAACUAUACCUGCACAGCCCAAGCCAAGGGCAUCGUGAAGCGCAGCCGAAUCCUAACCGUUCGCCCCAAAGUCUCUGUCUCUCAGCCGAAAAUUUCAUUGUUGGGCAAAGUGAUUGUGGGAAGGCCAUUCGAGAUCCGGUGCCAGUCGGACAGAGGCAGCCUGCCAAUAAACUACACCCUGUGGAGGAAAAACAACUGGUUGAACACCACCACCGUCAAGCUGCCCGAUGAACAAGCCGUGUUCACCAUCACCAUCCAGCGGUCUGAUGAAAUAAGCCAGUUUAUGUGUGAGGCACAAAACAAUCUGCAUGCAAACGGCAUACUGAGCAAAAGCCUCAAUGGCACCGUUACAGUUCCUCUGUCGGAUCCAAAGCUGACCGUCAACCCCAGCUUGGCAGACAUUGCAGAGGGAGACCACAUCCACCUGAACUGUGCAAUUAGAGGUACAUGGCCGGUCACCUUUAAGUGGUACCGCACUGGAAUUGCCCAGCCACUGUACACCACCACCUCCAAGCAGACCAGCAUGGAUUUCCAGAUCCCCAGCCUGGGCAGCCAGGACAGCGGCACCUACUACUGCGAGGCCAUCAAUGAUGCUAACAACCUCGUCCGCAGCCCAUCAGUCACCAUAGAGGUGCACAUGGCGAUGUGGAAGAAAGCUGUGAUCGUGGCGGCUUGCCUGCUGGUGGUGGCGGUGCUGGUGCUGCUGUUAGUGCUGCGCUUCAAGGCCAAGAGAGGUAAAAGAGAGGCGGCUGCUGAAUUGUCAGUAAAGCCUUCAAGCCCUAAAUCAGAUGACUCUUUCGCUGUGAAUCUAAUCCACGACAAAGAGGUUUAUAACGCAGCCACAGACGCAGCAUCACGCUAUGAUGGCACAGAGGGGAGAGUGACCAAUUGGACGCGAGAUAGUGUGGCAUCACUUCCUGCUGACAUCAGCAACAGGAGCAGCUACAGUAUCCAGCCACAGUGUAGAGAAGCCCUGCAGUGGGAGGGACAUGAAAUAAUAAAACAAUAAACUGUUUCAAAAGGAAAAAAAAAAAAAAAAAACUUUCCAAGCAUGAAUGGAAUAAAGCAAAGCAAAGAACAAAUUGGAGCCGAGACACACGAGUGGCAGUGAUCCUGUAUUUUUUAAAUACAGAAAUGGAUGACCAAAGUUUGGGAUUUGGAUAUUUUCCUCACUGCUUGGCUUUCCUCUCUGAGAGCACCAAAUGUAAAGGAGGGGCUUGUUGCAACAAGACAUAAACCAAGACCUGUUGUUCCCUCUCCCCUCCUCCUGCACUCUAAAUGGGCCUUUCAUUUUAUAAUUAUUAAUCAACAUUACUUUCUGUGUCCUUUGUUUCUUCAUCCAGCAUGUCCGUCUGAUUGCACAUCCUUUAUUGUUGCAACUACUCUUUUUGUCUGAUGUGCAAUUUUUUUUUUUUUUUGACCAACUGAUUUGUAUAUACAUUUUAUCACCAUCAGUAGAAAUGUGUGUAUAUAUUUGUGGUUGAUCCCUUGCUGAUUGGAAGAAGCACUUGUAGAAUAAAGAAGUUGGUUUUAUUUA